GUUGCAGCGAAGUACCGGCGAGAUGGCUUCUCAGCAGACACCUUUGCUUGAUGCAUUGAUACAUAGUGACCUGGGACUUCCCAGCAACCUGUCACCUUCUUGGCUCACACUGCUCGAAAUCGAGGCUUGCUUGCACAACUCGUUAUUGCAUUGAUAACACCAACGAUGUCGGCGGAAGCAUCCUCAAGCACCGGCGACACGCCGAGCAUCUCCAAACCAAAGGAGCUCACAGCUUCCCAGUACGACGAGCUUUCGGUGCCGGAGCGUCAAGCAUACGACUCAGCUCGAGCAGCAGCUCAAGCGGCCGAGCAAGAGGCUUUGCCUUAUAAAUGGGACCAGACCUUGCAAAAUAUCAGCGUGCUGGUGGAUUUCGAGAAGGGAACUCGAGCAAAGGAGCUGGACGUCGUGAUCAAGAGGAGGAGCAUCAAGGUUGGAAGAAAGGGCAAAGAGCCCGUCUUUAGUGGAGAGCUGUUCAAGGAUGUUGUGGAGGAUGACAGCACAUGGUCUCUAGAGGAUUCUCAGACUGUCUCAAUUCAUCUCGAGAAGCAAAAUCAGUCCGAAUGGUGGCCACAUGUAGUGACCUCGGCACCCAAGAUCGACACCACCAAGCUUGUGCCCGAAAACUCAAAGCUGAGCGACCUGGAUGGCGAGACUCGCGCGAUGGUCGAAAAGAUGAUGUUUGACAACAGACAGAAAGCGCUCGGCAAGCCCACUUCCGACCAGCUCAAGCAAUCAGAGGCGUUAGACAAGUUCAAGCAACAGCAUCCCGAAAUGGACUUCAGCAACGCAAAGGUCAACUUUUGAGAAACACGGGUAUCCUCGAGCCGGCCACACCACAAGCGAUGCGGGCUCCAUUCUGACUUCAUCAGUCGAACGCUUUUGGCUCGAAUACAAUCAGGAGGCACAUCGCCGUUUCAAAUGUCACCAUCUUCUCCACCAUCCGAAUGCUCCUGGGUGUCGAGUGGUCGUGUCAAUGACAAGGGUGCCCGGCGACGAGUCGGUGCGAUGAUGCAGGCU